AUGGCGAAAGAAGGAGUAGACAUGACGGAGGAAACCGAGUUCAUGAUCGACAGACACGUGCAGGGGAGAGACGCGGAGAACGUGGCGGGUCCGCGCAGCGACGCCAAAGAGAUGCGAGCGGUGGUCCUGGCGGGGUUCGGGGGUCUUAACAAACUCAGGGUGAGCAGGAAGCCGAUGCCCGAGCCUCAGGAGGGGGAAGUGAAGAUCCGCGUCAAAGCAUGUGGCUUGAAUUUCCUGGAUCUGGUCGUUCGUCAGGGGACAAUAGAUAAUCCCCCCAAACCUCCACUGGUCCCUGGGUUCGAAUGCUGUGGUAUCGUGGAGUCGGUGGGUGAGAACACAAAGGGCUUUGAGAUCGGCGACAGGGUCAUGGCGUUGGUGAACUACAACGCCUGGGCGGAGGUGGUGUGCACACCGGUGGACUUUGUCUACAAGAUGCCAGACGACAUGAGUUUUGCUGAGGCGGCAGCGUUCGCCCUGAACUUCGUGGCCGCCUACAUGAUGCUCUUUGAGGUCGCCAAUCUGCGGGAGGGGAUGUCGGUGCUGGUGCACUCAGCAGGAGGUGGUGUAGGUCAGGCUGUGGCUCAGCUGUGCUCCACCGUUCCCAAUGUCACCGUGUUCGGGAUCGCCUCAUGCUCCAAACACGCAGCCAUCCGAGACUCCGUGACUCACCUGUUCGACAGAAACGCGGAUUAUGUGCAGGAGGUCAAAAAAAUUUCUCCGGAGGGAGUCGACAUCUUGUUGGACUGUCUGUGUGGAGAGAACACAGGGAAAGGCCUGAGUCUGCUGAAGCCACUGGGAACAUACAUCCUCUAUGGCGCGUCAAACAUGGUCACCGGGGAAACAAAGAGUUUCUUCAGCUUUGCAAAAUCGUGGUGGCAGGUGGAGAAGGUGAACCCCAUUAAACUGUACGAGGAGAACAAGGUCAUAGCUGGAUUCUCGCUCCUCAACCUCCUCUUCAAACAAGGCAGAUGUAGCCUCGUCAGAGCAGUGAUGGAUAAACUCCUACGUCUCUACGAGCAGAAGAAGAUCAAGCCAGUCGUGGACUCCUUGUGGGCACUGGAGGAGGUAAAAGAAGCCAUGCAGAGAAUUCACGACAGAGGAAACAUUGGGAAACUCAUCCUGGAUGUGGAGAAGUCGCCCACUCCUCUGAUGGCCAGUGACAGCACAGAGACCAGUGAAGCAGGAGAGGAAGAAGAGGAGCCCGAGGGGGACAACGACAGCAAGGAGCGCAUGCCCUUCAUCCAUUAGAGCCAGCUAAGGGCUGGACACAGUCACCACAGAGGAACUCGACCACACACCAGUGUUGUACAGUAUGUGCUGUAUGCAUGAAUGUGCUGUAUGUAUGUAGAGGGAAUUCAUUUAUCUCUUGUCUGUUUUACUAAUGUUUGUCAGUCGAAUAAAGAUUAAUUACACGUUUGUCAACCAGGCAACAAGUGCAAGUGCAAUUCUCAAAAUAGUAGUAUUAUAUUCUCAACUGUUAUUUUAAGUGACGGUACAUUUACUGUUCAUUUUAUCUGCCUGCAAUUUAUUUGAAUUAACAAUGGACUGAAGAAGCAUUUAAACCAGCUGAUUAGCAUUUAACAUUAGAUAUAGUAAAGCUCCCAAGUGUUGGCAUGUUUAAACUUUUCACAAGUUAUGAAAACAUUUAUUUAAUUCUCUCCUGUCCUCAGAGAUGACUUCACUGGAGUAUUAUGGUGAUACUGAAGAUUUGUUUUGUUUAAAGAAUGAAGCUGUAAUAAUACAAGAAUAGUUUCAUAGUUGAGAAAAAAGUAGUAAUACUAUGAGAAAAUAAAGAUGUAGUAUUACUAUACGAAAGUCAUAUUUGAGGGUUUGUUAUAUCAUAGUUUUACAACUUAUUCUUUUUAAAUCUCCCUAAUACUGAGAAUCGUUUGACCCCAAUGUUUUGAUGCUUCUGACUAAGGGAGUGAAUCACUUUCUCUUGUGACCCUAGUGAUGUGUGAUGCAGGACAGAAAAUUCUGUAUGUUGAUAUCUGCAUGAGGUUUUAUUCUUUGGUGCCAACCUUGUGAUAUUAUGGGAUCACCAGUGCCUUUCAGCUACAGAGGAGUGUUUUAAUACGCGACGUGCUUUCCUCAUGUGAAGUUCAUAUUGAACAAACUAACAAAAAGGUAUUUUUAACUGGAUUGUGAAAACAGAUUCAUACACUUAGAAAUGCUUCCUUACUUAAGCUAUAUAUUCAGAACCUUUACUUAAAUACAUAAUAUUCUACACCAACCAGUGUUGCAUAAAAAUCGGAUUUUCUUGAGAUUGAAUGUAAAUUGUAUCAAAAUCCAUAAAAAUUCUUCAUUUUCUUAGGGAGGAUGAUGAUGAAGUUUGACCGAUGAGUCUGCUUUAUCUGACCAAAGUUAUUUACUUGUGCCUUUUAACAAAAGUGCCAUAAGACUCCCAAGGUAAAUUAUAUUAACUACGAGCUGGUUUAUAAAAUCAAAGUGGUUUAGAUUUGAACAGCAUUGUUUAUUUACUUUAUUUAAAUAAGAUUCCCUCUACUCUAAAUCUGUGGGUUGUUACUGAAAUACAGAAGAAGAACAGCUGACAAGGAACCAAUGGUUGCCAAACACUCGCACCCAUCUAAUCAGGGGAUUGAUUUGUUUUAAUUAGUCAAAGUACAAACAAAGUGCAUUGAAAAUCCUUUUCACUUUUUAUUCGGCUUUGCCUAUUCAGUAGGUUUUAUAUUUUAUAGCAUCUGAAUCAUUAAAACAAGUAAAUGCUUUGUAAUCAUUUUAAAGAAAUAAAAAUUAACAGUAAAGCAAACACAUUAACUAACAGGACUAAACGCUGCAUGCUUUGAAGCUGAGUGAUAAACAGUGUUUGUGUGUGUGUGUGUGUGUGUGUGUGUGUGUGCGUGUGUGUGCGUGUGUGUGUGCCUGUCAGAUUACCUUGUAGAGUACGUGUCUAUAUGCACAAACUUCCCUAUAAACUAUGGUUUACCUGUGG